AUGGGCCUCACGGUCUCGAGGCUGUCACUGACUCGACCCCUCAGCGCUGCGCUGGUGCUCCUUGGAGCAAUCUUCUGGCAGCGCAGAAGCUCCAGGCGCGACGCUCUGUCCCAUGCGCAGGAACCAGGUUGCAAACCAACAGGCGAGUCCUCACAGAGUUCGAGCAGUUCGUGCGAUGAUGCAGAGGUCAAGCGGCAAUCGGCUUCUCCUUCCUUGCCGGCGAAGCCUUCGCGGCCGGUGCCACGAGCUCGCUGGUGCAGCCCCUCCCAAGCGGAGAUUUACAUCUGCAUGGACUUCGAAUGGACAUGUGAUGAUGGUGAAGACCGUCAGGUUCACAGCGAUAACGUUGAGAUCAUCGAGUUUUCAUUCGUGAUCUACGAUGCGAAGGCACAAAGGAUGGUCCUCGAAGGGCAGCACUACUGCAAGAAUGUCAGGACUCCUAUUACAAGUUUCUGUACCGAGCUGACCGGCAUCAGUGAUGCAACGCUCGCAGAUGCAGGAUCCCUUGCUGAUGCCCUCCAAGCCCUUUGCAGCGCGCUGGACGAGGAUCCACUGCGUGGAAGGCCCUGCUGCGCCGUGACCCAUGGCAGCGCAGACCUGGAGCUGAUCCUGCCAAUGCACUGCAAGGCAUUGGGACUGGAAGUGCCCGAAGUGCUGAAGUCCUAUGCAGACUUACGACUUGCAGCGCAGAGACAAGUUCUGGCAAGUGGACAGCGAGGUGUACGUGCCUCGAGCUUGCGGGAGAUUUGCGACUCGCUGCAAGUUGAAAUGGUCGGGACGGAGCACUGUGGACUAGAUGACUCGUGGAUGGUCCUGUUAGCCCUUCAGCAGCUUCUGAAGUUGGGAACGCCCUUGCAACCGGUCAACUUCUUCGUUGAGACUGAUUCGUUUCUUGCUGGAGAAAGACAGGACUCGCGACUCUGCCUGGACGGGCUUCCCUUCCACGCACUUUCUGCAGAUGUGUCAGCCUGGAUGGAGACAUAUCUCGGUGAGGCGGCAGUAAGGAAGAGUUUGCUCUACAUCGUCAUCGGAACUGAUGGCCGCGCUACAGGAAGGGCAGUCAUCCGAUUCUUGGACGGCUGGGAGGCAGCUGCUCGAGCACUUCAGAUUCUGUCAGGAGGGAAGCUCAUGGUAUGCAAAGCCAGCGACGAGCAUCGCUACAACGAACGCUUGAUUCUGACGCGUCCGCUAAGAGAAGACGAGCUUCGACUCAGCUUCUUGGAACAGCUGCCCUGCAGCAUCGAGGACGCUCCUGCGCUUGCGCCCUUUCCCAGAGCGCCGAGCGAUCUUGGGAGAGGUAAGAAGUACUGCUUCGCUUUCCAGGAGGACCGCUGCAAGAACGGAGACCGCUGUCGGUAUGUUCACGAAAAAGCCCCAGAUGGGGUCAUCAAGUACCCCAGCAAGAAUUGCCAUGACUUUCAGAAGGGGUUCUGUUCUCGCGGGGAGCAAUGUCACUACAAGCACCAGCUGACGAACGGGCGGAGCUGA